CACAAGAUGAUGAUGAAAGUUCUGCAAAUGAAGACAGUGACGAUGGAUAUUCGGAUGAUGAUGAUAAAGCAUCUGAAGGAUCCGAAAAGCGAAAUAAACAAGAAUCUGAUGAAGAUAUUCCACUUCCUCCUGGUAAACCUCCCUCAAAUGAAUCAGAUAACGAUUUACCAGAACUACCACCUGGAACACCUCCAAAACAUGAUGAUUCAGAUGAUGAUUUACCAGAAUUACCACCUGGUCCGCCACCUUCAUUACAAAAUAAUGAUGGAAAUGCACAACCUUCGGGAAUAUCUAGAUCACCACCCUUCGGAUUUAGAUCACCGAGUAUGCCUGCAGGUCCACAAUAUCCACCUCCACAAAGUACUUAUAUGAUGUUCAAUAAUCCUCCUGGGACAUCUAAUCAUUUAAGGCCUAAUAUCAGACCACCACCACCGCCAGUGUUCCCAUCCGGAACUGGGCAAGGAGCUCCUUUGAGACCAUUAGAUCCUCGACCGCCACCUUUUAGUGUAAAUAAGGUGAUAAGAGAUCAUAUGAAAAACAAUUACAGUAUUGAUUCAUUAGAUUCUUAUGGUUCUUCCCAAAGAGCAUUUCCACAACCCAUCGUCAAUGACAAGAGUCAACCAAUGAAUGCAUCAUUACUUAAAUCUACCACGGCGGCUACACCGGUUAUUCAAGCAGAACCCCAAGUUCGUAAUCUUCAAAAAGAGUUAACUACACUUGUUCCUGCUGCACUGCUAAGAAAGAAAGCAGAUGCUCGUAAACCAAAAGUAGCACGGCCUGUCGUAAAUGCUGCACCUAAUAUUGAUGAUGGUAUAGGAACAUCUACUUCAUCAGUAAAAAGAAAUGCUUCAAUAGCAAUUCCAUUAUUACAACAACAAACAGAUUAUGAUGUUCAACCAUCCGAACAAAAACAACCCGUUGCAAGUACAUCAUCACCAGCAAAGAAAGCAAAGACUAAAAAGAAAGUUGAUGAAUAUGAUAAAUUCAUGGCUGAAAUGCAAGAUUUGUUAUAG